UCUUUUCAUGACAGCGUUUUAAAACGGGGUUACUUUUCCCUCCCCUGAACCGAAGUCGUCUCCGGGUUACGGCGAGGAUUUCCGGAGAAGAUGGGGAGAAAAAAGAUCCAGAUCCAGCGGAUCACGGACGAGCGCAAUCGGCAGGUGACCUUCACCAAGCGCAAGUUCGGCUUGAUGAAGAAAGCCUACGAGCUGAGCGUCCUGUGCGACUGCGAGAUUGCCCUGAUCAUCUUCAACCACUCCAACAAGCUGUUCCAGUAUGCCAGCACCGACAUGGACAAGGUGCUGCUCAAGUACACCGAGUACAACGAGCCUCAUGAGAGCCGGACCAACGCGGACAUCAUCGAGACGUUAAGAAAGAAAGGUUUUAACGGCUGUGACAGCCCGGAGCCCGACGGCGAUGACUCGAUAGACCAGAGCCCCUUGAUGGAGGAUAAAUACCGUAAAGGCAGCGAGGAUCUGGAUAUCCUGUUCAAGCGAUACGGUUCCGCAGUGCCCGCGCCGAACUUCGCCAUGCCCGUGACGGUGCCGGUGACCAACCAAACCACGCUGCAGUUCAGCAACCCGGGCAGCUCGCUGGUGACCCAGUCCCUGGUGACCUCCUCGCUGACCGACCCCCGGCUCCUCUCGCCGCAGCAGCCGGCGCUGCCGAGGGAACCCGUGUUCCAC